ACCUGUCGUCUAUAUUUCACACCAAUUCGACAUUGACAAGUAUCGUCGUGCUAAUGCUGGCAAACUCUACAUCGAUCCCGGUUUGCACUUUGGUUUCCCACCUGAAAGUAAAGGUCAUCCCCGCCCCGUCCGUGAAGAAUUCGAAGAAGAAUAUGAUGAGGAGCAAUAUGAUGAUGAGGAUCGCAAAUCAUCAUCGUUUAUACCAUAUAUAUUUCCCUCUCCCCGUUCCUCAUAUCAACCCCGCUUCAAUGAGAUGGAUGAUGGAAUGGAUGAAGCCCACAACAAUCUUGGCAUGCCAAGCGAAAGACAAAAGGAAGACGCUGUGUUUAAAGUUCUAAGACCUUUGGAUUAUGGUACUUCUUUUGAUGGCAAAGGCCCCGGCCCCUGGAGGGCAUUUUCCUCAACAUUAAUACGAUAUCCAUUUGCCUCAGGUGGUACGGAACCGUUGUCGAAAAAGUCAAAAUCUGUACCCCUGCAACAACUUUUUUUGUUGAAACUACUGUUGAUGCCUCUGCCUCUGCCUCUGCCUCUGGUAACAAUGGUAUCUACUUUAUGGUUGAAGCAUUUCAAUUCACUCUUGGCUUAUGUUACUAUUGUGUUUGAUUUGUUAACUUUGGACCUUGUAGUUGAUGCUGUUUCCCUGCCCAGUUGUGGUAAUAGGAUUUAACGUCCAUCUGCAUAGCAAUUUUUAUCAUUUGUACACAUGGCAAGCUAACGAGAGUAUAAAUUUUAGGUAGAUGUAUGGCUAAUAGGUACAACUGUCUCAACUCCAAAGAAAUGUUGCAAGAACCUUGGCAGUUAACCUUGGUUGAGAAUCCAAAUUCUGCUUCCUCUGGUUGCACUCUUGCUAUGUUCUACUUUCUAAAAGUUAUUAAGAUAUGUAAAAAAAGUUUGGAUUACUUGUUCCGUUGUAAUCUUAGCAUGUUAUUAUCAGAUUUCUUCUUUGGCAUUUUAUUAUGUGAAAUGCUAUGGUUUGGGGAGACUCUAUUGUCAUGAUAAAUUUAUCUCAUGUUGAAAUUUAAA